AUGACAGUCCAACCAAACCGCCUACCCUUACUCCUAGCCUCCGUCGGCGUGAUUCUCUUCGUUGGCGCCCUCCUCCACCAGAUGAAUGGUGUGCCACAAACAUGGAAAGAUUCUCUAAGCAAAAGUGUCAGCGGUGUGGGAAAGACGAAUCACAUUACGACAUCACAGCCAAGUUUCUAUGACAUUGCGCUUUCGCAUGGGACGGAUAAGGUUACCAAACAUCAUUAUCAUCAUAUGUAUCAGAAAUACCUCGAACCCUACCGAAAUGAGCCUUUGAAGUUUCUUGAGAUCGGUCUUGGUUGCGAUAUGUCGUACGGUCCGGGAGCUUCGUAUUAUACUUGGCUCGAGUACUUCCCAUACGUGGAUUUGUACUAUAUCGAGUACGAUGCUGCUUGUGCGGCGAAGUGGGCGAAUGAGACGACUGGUGCCACGAUCUUUUCUGGUGAUCAGGCGGAUGUGGCGUUCUUGAAUAGGUUCAUGGGCGAGGCUGGGAUGGAUUUUGAUGUUAUUGUUGAUGAUGGUGGGCAUAGGAUGAAUCAGCAGAGGACGAGUUUGGAGGUGCUUUGGAAGGCCGUGAAGCCUGGAGGAAUCUACUUCUGUGAGGAUUUGCAGACGAGUUAUUGGGAUGACUAUGGUGGUGAAAAGGCGAAUACUGGCAAGGUGAAGACCAUGAUGGCAAUGAUCAAAGAGCUGGUAGAUGACCUUCAUGUCGGUCCGGGAGGACACGCGAGAAAGCACGAGCGUGGAAUGCUGCGGCUCAAGGCCAGCUAUCAAUUGUGCUUGAUGAGGACGCGGGAGAUGGUCGGCAUGAUACGCGGAUGUGGUAUCGCGCCAGUCUUCGGUAGCAGUAUUCAAAGUGCAGUCACCGGACCGCCACGCGCCCCUCGACAAACACACUUCUGCCAUCGCGUGAAGAGAGGCAGACAUGCCAUCUGCCGCCGAGAAUCAUUAUCCCCACGACACGCGCUUCUGAGACCCGCAACGAACUCUGCGUGCGACUCGACCAAUUCGGCACCCACCCGCCCGUACCUUCACCCACCACUCCAAAGUCGGUCGGCCUGGCAUUCGCCCAUACAUCCUACGCCUGAGCCCUCCUCCCGCUGUCUUGUUCGCUCAGCAAUUGCAAGCUUACCGUUGUCAAAGGGAGACAUCGACAGAAGUCAACUCGACCACGAAGGCCACUCGCAGCACAACCCAUCGCUUCAUUCAGCUUGCGAUCCCACCACAAUGCCUCCUUCAGGUCGUAAGGGCAAGACGCGCGUGCGUAGAGCACCUGCAGCUACCGAAACCCAUGAGCCGUCUGACGUUGACACCGCUGAUGCCAUUGCAACUCCGUCGCGAGGCUCGAGGAAACGCGCGCGCGGAGCUGACACCGCCGCUCCUGCUUCUCGCAACACGCGGAGGAAGAUCAAGGAUACACGAGCUCUAGACCGCGAAGACACCGAAGGCACAGAGCCCCACGAGCCGAGCGAUAAUGAGACCGAGACAUCUAUGCCAACGGAGCAGGAGAUCAUUCAAUGUCUGAAGGUCUCCGACAAGCAGGUCAACGCUACCGAAGAUUUCGCCAAUGACCUUCUGGAAGGACAGGAGAAUGUGCCAGGCUACGGCAAGAUCGCUGGUCGCGACUGGAUUUUCAUCAUUCGAAAAGUAGAGGUCAACAUUGGAAGACCUGAAGCUCAUGAGAGAUUGCCUGUCAGCGAUGAUGGUGCUCGAGGCACCCCUACUGCGAAGACUGUUGUCGACAUCGACCUGGGCCCGGAUCGCCAAGUCUCCAGACUGCAUGCUGUCAUCCACUACGAUGGCGAGCAAGGACGCUGGAUCAUCAUUGUGAACGGACGUAAUGGCAUCCGUGUCGACAAUAAUCUACUGAAGCGCGGCAGUCAGUCCUACCUUCGUAACGGCAGUGUAAUCGAAAUCGCAAACACUCAGAUGGCCUUUAUCACCACUCCAACUGCUGAGAACGAGAGCCCUAUUUGGGACGCCUCGAUCAUUAGACAGGCUCAGAAGUCUUCCGAAGAGGAUGACGACGGCGAAGAUGAUGCACGCAAUGCUGGUCCUCGCAGCCACGCUCCUUCCGGACGCAGUCACCUGCAAGACAGCGGCAUGUAUCAAUCGGACUACAACGGCCAGCAGCAACAACAACAGCACAAUUCGCAGCAUCGCACACAUCCACACUCGCAACGCGCACUGCAGGCCACCCCUGGUACGCCCAUGCGUGGUGCGCACUCGUUUGUAAAGUCAUCGCCGGCUGCAAACUAUGCUCGAGGCGUGAUGAUGGAGUCUACUGAGACCAUUGACUACUCCGCAGACAACGCCAAAGAUCUGAAGCCUCCGCAUUCGUAUGCUCAGCUGAUCGGAAUGGCCAUUCUUAGUACGCAAGAACAGCAAAUGACAUUGAACAACAUCUACAAGUGGAUCAUGGCCAAUUACGCAUUCUAUCGUUUCAACACAGGUGGCUGGCAGAACAGCAUCCGCCACAAUUUGAGCUUGAACAAGGCUUUCACUAAGAUCGCACGUCGUACAGAUGAGCCUGGCAAGGGCAUGAAGUGGAUGAUUGAGCCUACUGAAUUUGACAAUUUUGUGCAGCAGGGCAUGAAGGGAUGUCGGCGACCAAAUCCAAUUCCAGGUACUCAGAGUACCCUGGGCUCACCAAAUAGUCCAAUGGAUCGCAUUCGGGCUGGUGGCAAGCGAGAAGAUGAUACAACGCCACCACUCAACCCAUACCCACCUGCCUACCCAUCUGCGAUGGAAGCCUACACUCCUGAUCGCGGUCCGCGUCGCCCUGUGAACGGCAACCUGGGCAGUAGUGUAGGCCUGGGCAUUGAAGGCAACAGCUUGGUCGACUACGACUACCCGCAGCGCUCGACGCCGCGGAACGGCCUCAAUGCCGUGGCCAAUGCCGCAGGGUCUCCUCCCGCGCUUUAUGUCAAUGAUGACGGUCGCGUCGGUCCUUUGGAUACCCCGUUCCCGCUUCGACCUUCGCAGCGCCUGGCACCACCCAGUACUUUGCGACGACCUAGUGACUUCAUCCAAUUCAGCAGUCCCGCGCCAUUCUGGAAGAUGGACGGCGUCAACAGCACUCCCUUCCGGCCAUUUGAUCUGAGCCCAUUGAAGACUCCGUUUCCAAAUCUCAAGAAGGCCAUUGCCGAAGAGCAGAAAAAGAGCGAAGCAGAGGAAAGCUCCCCAGCUGAGAAGACAGAUGAGGAGGAGAAGCCUGCGAGUGAUGAGCCAAAGUCAAAGGACAGUCCAGUCGUCCCGUCGAGCAGUCCACCUCGCGCAAUUGGUACCGGCCCUGCGCUCGAUGCCAGUCCGACGCUCAGUAGGCCAGCGACUGCUGUUGCCAAGACACUGAGCCAACUGGCUAACGCUGGCAAGGUGCAAUCUCAUCACGCUCCGGAAAAGACACCGCCAAAUGGCAAUGGCUUGGCGCCUCCUGUGCAACAGCACACUCCACCCACGACCGUCAUCAGUGCACCAAGUCAUCCAGCUAUUCGGCAACAUGAGCUGCCACAGACUGCUGUGGCGAACAGCUUCGAGUCUGCUGGAUCCCAGCGGGCAGUAUCACAUGGAUACAGUAAUCCAUAUGCUGGAACCCAUGGUUCACACUCCAACGGAUAUGCCAUGGAUGAUGCCGAGGAGGAUGGGAUCGAUCUUGCCAAGGGCUUUCAACCCAUUGGCGUGUUUCAUCAGCGCAAUCAUUUAGCGAUGGGAAUGGCAGGUGCUCCUGGCUUUGGACGCUAGUAAUCCAACCGCAUUCGAAGCGAACUGUUUCUCCUUUAGAAAUCGGAAGCAUCAGCAUCGAGUAGCCUUUUUCAGCAUUUGGCAUGAUUGGCGUUCUGGCAACGCAUAGCGUAACGAAACUUUAGACGAGCGAAAUGAUAAAGGGAAUAGGCUGCACUGCAUCACGCUAAUGCAAUGGAAGGAGUUGUUGGUGUUCAGACUGUAAUUGAGACAUUGUUGUUUUAGGGAUCAUGCAGAAUAGGAAGAAGAAGAAGAAGAGGGAGAAGAUUUUUCUGCACUCUCCUCUUUGAUUGCUUUC